AUGGAAAUUUUCUUCAAGCACCCAAUUGCUAGUCGAGGUUGGCAUGUUUAUGGUAAAACUGUCUGGACAAUUCCAAAGAAACGUCAAAGAUUGUAUGGCCAGAAAGAACGAGAUGCAGAGGCACUUCUUGUUGAUCAGUACGCUGUCGCCUGGUUGAUGAAGAGCAAAGAAAAUCUUGUAGUCGAUGUUGUUGGCAAUGUGCCACAAGAAAUAUCACGUUUUGUGUACUUUUUUCUACAUCACGUGCGUAGCAUCGAUGCAGUAGUUGAGGAUGAAAAAUAUAGGCCUUCUCCAAUCGCAAAGGGAGGACUUGAGAUAGUCCUCCGAGGCACGUUUAAAAUUGACGACAGCAAGCGGUCUCUUCUUCACCGUCUGAAAGAACUUAUUGAAAAGAACUACGAGCUUCUUUACGAAUCAGCUACAGAUGAAGAAGAAUCACUUGCUAGUGAUCUGUCAAUUGUGUUCAUGAUUGAUGAUGAAGCCGAAGAGGAGUAG